GGGCCAUGUCGGCGCUGAGGCCCGGCGAGUUCGUGGCGCAGGUGCUGCCGGGCUGCCUGGUGCCCACGGCGCGGCAGGGCCUGGCCCAGCUCUGGCGCCUGCUGCUGCUCUGCCUCGGCGCCCGCCUGCUGCACCGCCUGCCCCUGCCGCGGGGGGGCAAGCACGCGGGGGCGGCGGCCGGGGGGCUGCUGGCGCUGCACCACUUCUUCGGGGCCCAGGCGCUCUGGGCGGCGCUGCUGAGCGCCCUCUGCGCCCUCACCCUGGCGCUGAGCCGCGCCCGCCCCCACCGCGGCCUCUGCCUCGCCCUCGCCACCCUCAGCUACCUCCUCAUGGGGGAGAUGCACAUGGUCGACACCGUCACCUGGCAUAAGAUGAGAGGGGCGCAGAUGGUGGUGGCCAUGAAGGCGGUGUCGCUGGGCUUCGACCUGGACCGGGGGCGGCGGGGCGAGCCGUCGGCCGCCCAGGUGCUGGGCUACCUCUGCUCGCCCGGCUCCGUCGUCUUCGGGCCCUGGGAGCCCUUCGGCGCCUACCUGCGGGCCGUGGAGGGGCCCCCCCUGAGCCUGGCGUGGGCCCGCAAGGCCGUGCGCAGUGCCCUGGCGCUGCUCUGCCUGCUGGUCUCCACCUGCCUGGCGCCUUUCCUCUUCUCCUCGCUGCUGCCGCUCUACGCCUGCCGCCCCCUGCGACGGAGCGUCAUCGCCAGGUGGCUGCGCGCCUACGAGAGCGCCCUGUCCUUCCACUUCAGCAACUACUUCGUGGCCUUCCUCUCCGAGGCCACCGCCACGCUGGCCGGCUCCGGCGCCUCCCUCGAGAAGGACCACCUCCGCUGGGACCUGGCGGUGUCGCGGCCGCUGCGCGUGGAGCUGCCGCGCUCCAUGGCCGACGUCGUCAUCAACUGGAACCUGCCCAUGUCGCGCUGGCUGCACACCUACGUGUUCAAGACCGCCCGGCGCCUGGGGACCUUCGCGGCCGUGCUGGGCACCUACGCGGCCAGCGCCCUGCUGCACGGCCUCAGCUUCCACCUGGCCGCCGUCCUCCUCUCCCUCGGCUUCAUCACCUACUCCGAGCACGUGCUGCGGAAGCGCCUGGCGGCCAUCUUUGACGCCUGCGUCCUCUCGAAGCGCUGCCCCCCCGGCUGCCCCCACCGCCACAAGGACGCGCUGUGGGUGCGGGGGCUGAACGCGGCGCUGGGGGCCCUGGCGCUCUUCCACCUCGCCUACCUGGGCGCCCUCUUCGACGUGGAGGCCGACGACGCCGUGGAGGAGCAGGGCUACGGGAUGUCCUACACCGUGCGCAAGUGGUCGGAGCUGAGCUGGGCCAGCCACUGGGUGACGCUGGGCUGCUGGGUCGUCGCCCGCCUGCUCCGCUGACCGGGGACGCGCUGGGAGCAACUGGGAGCACUGGGGAGCCCCCCCUCCCAGCACCGGGGGAGAGCACGCAGAGAGGGCCCCCUUCCGCACCCUUCUAGGCGGUGGAGGACUGCUCCUCUCUAUGGUUGCACCCCCACGCACCAGCCAAGGGGAGGUUGCGCUUCCCCUCCCCACCAUAGAGUUUUCUCUGUGCCAAGAAGGGUGCUGCGGGGGGUGCUGUUCUAGGACGGGGAAGUGACCUCACGCGGCCCCUCUAGGGCUGGGAGGACCCGGGCAUCGGUGUCCCGGUUUUGUACCGCUCGUAGCGCAUUAAAGUUCCCGGUUAGGCACCAGGAGAAACGA